CAUUAAUCGAAUGAACUGCAACAACAAUUUAUGGGAUUGCAGGUCAUUUUUUAUUCUUGUUGAAAAAUAAAAUUGGAUUGUUCUUCGGAUAGGUUAUUAGGGUUAUUGUUGCUGAUUGCGCGAUCGCCAUGUUCCCUGCGGUAGACCCAGAUGUUCUGAGGAACAACCCAGACUUUGCGAAGCUGUAUAAGACUCUCACGACGGAGAUGUUAAAUCCCGAUGGGACGAACAAGAAUGAAGAUAAUCAGCAGCAUGAAAGUAUCAAGCGAGAACUUAGUGAGCACCGCUUCAGACAAGUAAAGCACGAUAUCCUAGCACAAGCCGUUGGUACUGUAUCUCCUGACGAAAUACCUUCUUCCCACCAACCUGCGCCUUCUUCAGAAUUUACCACCCUCCUCGCCAUUCUGCCCCCGCUGCUUGACAAGUCGAGCUCUCUCACCAAGGAUGACGAAGCCCUCCUCUUCAGCAACCCUCCCCUCGCCAACUUGUCUUCUCUACUACCCGACCUGGCGGCACUUCUCUCUACCUACCUCCAGACUUGGGCCACAGACCUAGCGCACGUUGCCCGCCCGCCGAGGUCUACAUCCUCCGCUGUAUCGCGGACAACGCCAACGAUAGGCUCCCACUUUGCGAGGAUCCAGCGUGAUCGCAGCGCCACCGAGCAAACGCUUAUCCAGGCGCGCAUGCGGACCCUGGAAACACUUAUAGAGCUUGGACAUCUUCAAAUCGAACUGAUUGCUCGCCUUAUUGAGCGGCUUGAAGCUAAACAUGGCCCUAUUGCGCAGUCGCUAGACCUUCGUGCGCAGGAGGUCGCUCUUGCCGCACGCAAAACACAGGCUGAUGCUGCCAGCGCUGUGGAUGCUAUACACCGCCGUAUGUACUCGCCAGAGAUGGAUUCAGCACUAGAAAACUAUAUGACGCAUCUUCAAGAUGCCAAGCUUCGAGCGCAGGAGCGUGUACGCCACGUUCAGAAGAAUUUGGAGCAGUACGGCGUGGGGCCGGAUGGAGGCGGCGAAAAGGCGGAUAUGAUGAGGGAGUUGGCACAGGAGAGGAGGGAUAUCUAUAAGCAGGUGGAUGAAGUAACGCGGGAUUUGGCGAGGCUUGCUACGCGGUAGUCGGGAUAUAAAACAUUAGCGUUGAUAUGAUACCCCCCAUUUUGGCAUUUAAUCUACGGCAUGCACGUCACGGCGACAGGCGGUGUUGUUUUGUUAUUAAAUGCUCUAGAUU